CAGCUGAAAUCCAGACUCUGGUGCAGUAGCACUUAGGUCUCUCCGGGGUGGAAGUAUCAGUUUUCUUUGCUUUUUUAUACUUUUGAGCACAGGUUUAACAACGGUAUAAAAUAAAAGAAAAAGAUCAGUAGGUCUAAGAGGAUUUGGAUGUCUACAUUUAAAGGGCACUAAAAAUCUUUUGGUUGACAGUGAAUAAAACAAAGAUGAGAUAUCCAAAAGGGCUGGUCUCUGAAGGGGAUAAUGCCCCCUAGAUAGCAGACUCUUCGCCUCACUGGCUGUUGGCCCCUCCAGAUUGUAGAGGAUGCCUCCCCGGAAGCGCACACGGCCCACCCUAGGCUUCCUGUGCUGCUUCAGCAGCAGUGAACCCCCUGAGAUCAACCUGAAAGACAGUGUACCGCUGCAGCUGCUGGAGUUCAGUGCCCCUAUGCCCCCAGAGGAAGAACUGCAUGCCCGUUUCUCUGAAUUAGUGGAUGAACUGGAUCUCACAGACAAAAACAGGAAGCCAUGUUUGCUUUGCCUGCUGAGAAAAAAUGGCAGAUCUAUUGCAGCAAGAAAAAGGAACAAGAGGACCCCAACAAGCUUGCUACCAGCUGGCCUGAUUACUAUAUUGACCGCAUUAACUCCAUGGCAGCUGGCUCAAGGCCAGCUAUUUCAGCCGAGGGGAGCCUCAGUUAGGCAAUAGAACAGCUGGCAAUGGGAGGAUUCACAAGAAGCAAACAGGUCGACUUGAGUGUCUCUGAAUCAACUUACCGUCUAACUCCAGACAGAGAAAAUAGAUCCUCUCCACGACAUGGAAAUAUGGUCAACCUCUGCAAACCAAUCAUGGUACACAUCUGAUCAUGCAUUUCUGUGUGAGCAUUCUGAAUGGGAGCUUGUGCAGGGCCCUGUUUAAAAAUUUGUAGAUCCAGGAUUGGUUGAAGGCCACCAUCUUUUUUGGGUACGAUGAAGUAGGUACUGUAAAACCCCCGCGCCACCUCAGCUGGAGGGACCUGCUUGAUUGCAUCUUUGCCAGGAGGAUAGCAAUCUCUCCUCACAAGACAGAAGCGUUCCAGGCUGCCACAGAAGUCUUAAAAAUGCCCCUGAACCUGGGAGGUUGGUGGGCGAGUUGGAUCACAUA